AAAUUGAAUGAAAUAUUAAAUAAAAAUGGCAUUUAGCAGUCUUUUGGUAAAAACACAAUUGCCACAAAGCCUACGGCAAUCGACUCCGUUGUUGUUGGCCUGCCGUCAGGGUCAUACGGUGCGUGGUAAACCAGUCGGUGUAGCCAAAACAUUGGAACAACGUUUGGCAGAGGAAAAUAAACAGGAUCCGGAAUUGACGGCUCGUGUUAAUAUUGGCCUACCCAAAUUGAAGCAAUCACGCUCCGAACUGUUCAAAGAUCGUUGGGCCCAUAUUAAGGCACAACGUGCCAAUACUGAAUUGGAGAAGAAAACGAGAAGUCAACAGUUACUCAUUGACUUGGAUGAAGUUCAAAAAGACUAUGGUCAAACAACUCGUGGUUUUGAUUUACGCGUCAUUGCCGAUCACUAUGGCAUUUUCGAAGAUUUAUUCGGGGCUGCCUAUUUUGUGCCCAGAGUCAAUUUGAAUAUACAGUAUGAAGCUGAUGCCGAAACCUUGGUGCCCGUUUACAAUGGCAACAUUAUUAAACCCAAAGAGGCUAGAAAUCAGCCAUUGGUAAGCUUUGAUGGUACCACCGAUCCCAUUACGGGUAAACCACAAAAAGAAGAUUCCUAUUGGACAUUGGUAGCCACAAAUCCCGAUGGACAUUUUAAUGCCGACGAUAAGGAAUAUGUACAUUGGUUUGUAUCCAACAUCCCCAAUGGUGAUGUUGCAAAGGGUGAAGUAAUUGUCAAUUACCUGCCACCAUUCCCACCCAAAGGUAUUGGUUUCCAACGUUUUGUAUUUGUGCUCUACAAACAGAACAAGAAGCUCGAUUUUAGCUCACUGAAAUUAGCCGAUGCCGAUUAUGUUAAUUUGGAUAAACGUACAUUUAAAACCUAUGAUUUCUAUCGUCAAUAUCAAGAUGAUAUUACGCCAGCUGGUUUGGCUUUCUAUCAAACGGAUUAUGAUAAGUCGUUGACAAAAUUCUACCACGAUGUGUUGAACAUUAAGGAACCCAUUUUCGAAUAUGACUUCCCUGAACCCUAUUUGGCUGAUCAGAAAUUCUUCCCCUUGCGCCAGGCCUUCAAUCUGUACAUGGAUCGUCAUCGUGACAUUAAACAAGUGAACAAAGAAUAUUUGGAACGUAAAUUGUCAAAAACGCAUCCAUUCGAAGGUCCAGAACCCGAACUGCGUUAUCCCAAUGCUCAUCCCAUUAAGAAUAAACCAUCAUGGUUGCGCACCGAAAUUAGAAAGGAACGUUUACGUAUUGGCCGUAUUAAUGAUUAUUUGAAUUAA